AUGCUGCUGCCAGGUCCACAGUCUCUCAUGGGUCCCUGUACGGCCUCCCAUUGCUGCUGCUGUCUCCAUCGCCACACUCUGCCAUGUGCCACUUUCAGGUCUCCUCACACUGCUGGUGUGUUAAUUUUUUGUCAUAGGGUGCUGGCAGAUUACGGGCCUCCCAUAGCUGCUGCCAGGCCCCCUAAUCUGCCAUGGGCCCCUGUACCGCCUCUCUCAUGCUGCUGCCAGGUCCACAGUCUCUCAUGGGUCCCUGUACGGCCUCCCAUUGCUGCUGUCUCCAUCGCCACACUCUGCCAUGUGCCACUUUCAGGUCUCCUCACACACUGCUGGUGUGUUCCAUUU